AUGACGCAGCCACCUACUUUCCCUUCUCGGUUUCUCUCACACCCCAACCAGCUCGGUGUUGUGGCUGUUGGCUUCAAUGGUGGACAGAUGAAGAAGGGCGUCGAGGCCGCCCCCAUGGCCUUGAUCGAGUCUGGACUGCUCACUCAAUUGCACGAGGACCUCGACUAUGAGAUCCACCAUGACAACAUUAUCCACUACUACGAGCAAGAUAUCCCCGAGGAGGAUCCUGACCACCGCAACAUGAAGAAGCCUCGUGCGGUCAGUGCCGUCACCGAGCGUCUCAGCUCGCAGGUCUACGAGUAUGCCAAGGAGGGCAAGUUCGUGCUGACCCUCGGAGGAGACCACUCCAUCGCCAUCGGCACCGUCUCCGGCACAGCCAAGGCCAUCCGUGAGCGCCUGGGCCGUGAGAUGGCGGUGAUCUGGGUCGAUGCGCACGCCGAUAUCAACUUGCCCGAGAUGAGCCCCAGUGGUAACAUUCACGGCAUGCCCAUGGCGUUCCUCACUCGAUUGGCUCGGGAAGACCGGCCCGAUAUUUUCGGCUGGUUGAAGGAUGAGCACAUUGUCAGCACGCGCAAGCUCGUCUACAUUGGUUUGCGUGAUGUGGAUCGCGGCGAGAAGAAGAUUCUCCGGGAGCACGGCAUCAAGGCCUUUAGCAUGCAUGAUAUUGACCGUCACGGCAUCGGCCGCGUUGUUGAGAUGGCCCUUGCCCACAUUGGCAACGAUACACCCAUCCAUCUGUCCUUCGACGUUGACGCCCUGGACCCGCAAUGGGCCCCCAGCACUGGCACUCCCGUCCGGGGAGGAUUGACUCUGCGUGAGGGUGAUUUCAUUUGCGAGUGCGUGCAUGAGACGGGAAACCUGGUGGCCAUGGACUUGGUCGAAGUGAACCCGAGCUUGGAGGCUGUGGGCGCUGCCGAGACCAUUCGUGCCGGAUGCUCUCUGGUCCGCAGUGCGCUCGGUGAUACCCUUGUGUAA